GAUAGGCCGUCGAUGACUCUCCGCGGUCUAUCGCACACAGCUGACUGCGUGGGAGAACAGCUGUUUCCAGCUUUUUCAGAGGACGCCCUGCGUAAUUAUGAGUAAUUCUCCACGAAAGAAGAUUGCGGAAUAGCAGCUAAUUGACAAGCACAAGUGCGUCCAAGUCGCGCGAGCAGCAACCCAAGACAAUAGCCAAAGGACUGCCGGUCAACAGGGCAGUGGAAAGCACGAGCAAGAGCUGGAACUUCAGGAGGAGCAAGUGAAACCAUGUCGAAGGCUGUGAACAACAUGAACAUGGGCGACGUGGAGCCGCAGGAGAGGAUGAAGCACCUGUCGCACUGCGGCAACCUGAUCGAGGUGGACAAGAACAUGCCAGUCACGCGGUACUACCGCUCUGGCACCGAGAUGCUGCGCAUGGCCAAUGUUUACCUGCGGGAGGGCAACCACGAGAACGCAUUCAUCCUGUACUUGCGCUACAUGACCCUCUUCAUCGAGAAGAUCCGCCAGCACCCGGAUUACGGCAGCGUCAAGGCCGAGGUGCGGGAUAUAAACAGGAAGAUUAAGGACGAGAUAAUGCCCACGACGGAGAAACUGAGGGCCAAGCUACUAACGCACUACCAAAGGGAGUACGAGCAGUUCCUGGCCAGCAAGGAGGCGGAGCGGGUCAAGGAGCUGGAGCGCGAACGGGAGCGUGAGCGGGAGCGGGAAAGGGAACGUCAGCGGCAGAAGGAAAGGGAGAAGGCAGGCUCCAGUGGCAUUCCAUCCCUCAUCCCGGCCAAUUUGCACGUGCUCAUCGACGAGGGCAACCAGCCAUCGGCUCCGGACAUGGGCCUGCUUGACCAGGUGGUCUACCCCAAUGACUUUCCCACGGGCGCCAAUCGCAGCCUGCCGGGAUCCGGCCUCCUACUGCCCGCCGCCAGCGAAGCAGCCGCCGACAAGACUACCAAUGCCAAGCCGAGCUUCGAUCGCAACCAGAAGCCAUCCUACAACCGCACAGAUUCUCUGCUGGCUGGCUCCUUGCGCCUUGUUCACGUGCCCGGGGACACAAUGGAGGUCUUUCUGAAGCUGGCCCUCGCCAACACCUCGAAGAACAUCGAGACGUGCGGCGUACUGGCUGGUCAUCUGUCCCAGAACCAGCUGUACAUCACCCACAUCAUCACGCCGCAGCAGCAGGGAACUCCGGACAGCUGCAACACGAUGCACGAGGAGCAGAUAUUCGAUGUGCAGGAUCAGAUGCAGCUGAUCACGCUGGGGUGGAUCCAUACCCAUCCCACUCAGACUGCGUUUUUGUCCUCCGUUGACCUGCAUACGCACUGCUCCUAUCAGAUUAUGAUGCCCGAAGCCUUGGCCAUCGUGUGCGCGCCCAAGUACAACACCACUGGUUUCUUUAUACUCACGCCGCACUACGGCCUGGACUACAUUGCCCAAUGUCGCCAGUCGGGCUUUCAUCCGCAUCCCAAUGACCCGCCGCUCUUCAUGGAGGCGCAGCACAUCCGAAUGGACAACCAGGCCAAGAUCAAGGUCAUCGACCUGCGGAGAUAGUCACUCAAAAGGACCGAUCGAUCACGUCUAGCAAUAGCUCCAGUUUCGGGUGGCAAACAGUGAUUGAGCAUGGAGAUUACAGAGAUUUAGGCAGAUAGAGAGAACAACUAUUUUCGGCAAACAGAGAGAUGUGUAUUUUUGCAAGCUGUUGAUCCCGAGGAUCGUCCACACACCACUUAUAGCACUCGGCGGCAUUUGUUGUUGUUUAUUGCGUUCCGGCCUCUUGGUUCGUUGCGUUCUUUCACUUAAGAACCUCCAAUGUGAUUUUCAAUUGUGGCUUACCCCUGCGUUCGUUACUAUCUACUAUAUAUAACUAAUAUGUUAUGCUCUCGCCGGGAAAUCCCGGCAAUCUCACCCACAAUGGCACACACCCACUCAGCUUACAGUGCAAACUAUUCGGGGCGCUCCAAGGAGGAGUCGUGUCCUUCUACGGCUUACUACUUGCAAUAACCUGUUGUUCAAAGACGAAUCAUCAUUAAAUGCUAUUAUUAAACUGCAUGCUUACCUAUUGUACUAAACUGAAUAAAUAUUUAUGACUAUGGUUUAUGGCUGCCCAUA